GCUUGUUGCUGCUGCCGUUCCACUCUCUUGCCGCUCGAAUUCAAUCUAAGAAAGUGUUUGACUAUGAAAGUGCUGUGGACUUGUGUGUUUUGUGUGCUCUUGCUGGCCCCCCAAUCGCCAGCGGAUCAUCUGGACGAGGUGCUGGAACAAGCCACCAUGUUGUGUUCGAAUGAUAAUACCCCCAUGUGUGCGCGAAGUCGAACCGAGUAUCUGCUCUUCCAGAACGAGUGCCAUUUGCGAAAGGCGCAGCGUUCCAAUCUCAUGGGACCACUAUUUGAUGCCGCACUCCGUUACUGCUUGCCCGAUUGUGAGUUUGCUUGCGGUUUCGAGUAUAAGCCGAUUUGUGGGAUUAGCGUUGACACUGGCAGGCGCAAGAACUUCAGAAAUCGCUGCGAAAUGGCACGUACUUCCUGCCUCUCCAAGGGCGACUGGCUAGUCUACAAAUGGGGCAUCUGCCCCACAGGGCGCAACGAGAGACGUCAUCACACGGUGUUUGUGGGCCAACCGAAGGCCAAGCGCCGGCAGCCUAUACCCUGCACAAAAGUCUAUCGUCCAGUGUGCGCGGCCUAUGGCGGGGUCAAGUCCACAUUCUCCAAUGAGUGUCUGGUCAACGCAGAGAAUAUAAGAACCGGCCGAAAUUGGCGCAUUGUAUCUGAGGGGCUUUGUGGCGAGGACACCACCAAAUUGAAGCACAACCGCAAAUACAAGCCGAAGGCGAAGCCCAAGACGGAGGCAGACCGCACCAAGCGCAGUCAUAAGAAGGUCAAUCUGGUGGACGAUUUUGAGGUGGCCGACGAGGUGGUGCAGAUCUAUGCGCCAUCCACAUUCCACACACAGUUCAUCAGCAAUACGGGCACCAUGGAGAAAAGCUACUCGCUGCCGGCAAGAAAGCCUUACGUCGUCUCCAGACCCAAGUCUAGGCGACGACCCAUCGCCGGAGCUGGCAAAAGCCCCAACAAACAAUCUGUCGACGCCAAACCGUGUGUGUUCAGCAACGAACCCGUCUGUGGCAGCUUUAAUGGCGAGAGCCGCACCUUUUCCAACGUCUGCAACCUGAUGGAAUACAGUCAACGAGUUGGCAACGCAUGGGCCAUUCUGUAUGAGGGGCCUUGUCGCAGCUGCGAUUACAAAUGCCCCACGGACUACAGGCCGAUCUGUGUGAAGAGAAAUGGCAUAAGCUACACGAUCAUGAACGAGUGCUACUUGAGUCGCGUGCGUUGCAAGGAUCCCAGCAGUGUUUGGAAGAUCACUCAAAUGGGUGAAUGCGCACUUCCUGCGGAGGAAGUCGCCGAGAGCAUUGCCACCGAUCGCACUCAUCAGCCGAAUCGUAUACCCUCAGUCCUAUAUGCGACGAGCCAGCCAGAGCGUGCCAAUAGCACUAAGACCGCCACAGAAGCUACUAUGAUUAUACAGAAGUGGAGAAGGCCAACCACUACAACAUCAAUGCCAGCAACAAGCCGGAAUAUGAAGCUGCGCAAGCCCGUGCGUAAGCCCACAAUCAGCGCAAAUGAUUCCAACAAUCGCAAAAUACGCAAAAUUCAGUUGGCCAGCUUUGGAGGCUUUAAAGCGAAACAUUUAUCGGAAAGUCCCAUCGAUAGGGCGGAAAAUGCCGCCUGGGAAGGAGCGUCUGCAACAUCCAAGUCCUUGCUCUCCAAUGACAAUUGGUUAGUGCCAAGGACCUUGGACAAUGUCAAGAACAUUUUUGCGAAAAAGUCCCACAACAAAAAGAUGUACCAUGCAAAGCCACAUAAAUUUGUAAGGCCCAUGCCGACAAGAGCCACGACAUCCCCUCCCAUGCCAGCGACAACGAGGGCGACGACCACCACAACAUCGACAACAGCAAAAAUGAUGCCGAUUACGGAAAUCCCAGACUUCACCAAUGGCGAGCCUAUCUAUGAGGAAAUUGAUGCCAGCUCGAAAAUGCUGUUCAUGCCUGCCAUAACGACUUCAACAGAACCUAUUACACCAGAAAGUACGGAAAUAGCUGAAGUCUCGACUCUGACAACGCUCCUCAAGUCAGAGGCAGACUCUACAACUGCCACGACAGCCAUCUCCACCACUUUGCAGCCCUCCACCAGUGCAGAAACCACGACCCAAACAGAUCUGUCCACAGGGUCUAGCGAAGCGGAGCACGCCACGUCGACCACAGUAGGGCCAUUGGUGCCUACUCAUGAGCUCCAACCGCCAUCCACACCAAGUGAAACCACAGCAACAACAACGCCAACAGCAAUGAUGACCACAUUGAAAGCAAUUACUGCCGCCCUAUCCCCGGCAGCACUCAGCCUGGAUUACAUGACAGAUGAUCCAGUGCCUCUGCCUGGACAGCACACCUCCAUCUAUGGCCUGGACAAGAAUUCGUUGAUUAUGCGCCUUCUGCGUGCCAGAAGUAGUCUGAGGAACUUGGUGCUGUAGGUUCAGUUUUUCAGGAGGAUCGUUAUUGGAUGGCAAACCACUUAGCAUAAGUUCAGUCCCUCUCUGUAAAUGAGUGCCCUAGUUUUAGUUUAUUUUUAUGUGCGUAUAAAAGUGUUGACUGUAA